AGCACGCCGGUCUGUGCACCUCAAUACGUUUUGUUCGAGCUUCAAAAAUGGAUUAUAUAUCUUCCAAGUCUGCAAUACUACAGAAUUAUGAUUCGCUGUUGCUUUGUGUACCAGUGUUGGCGAUUUUGUCGGGAAUUGUUCUUUGGCAAAGACAGCUAAGCGGCUUGAAAGUCAUGGAUCAUUUUCCUGGACCAAAAAAGAAUUUUCUGUUUGGAAACGCGUUGGAUUUCCCCAAGGACCCAAGUGAUUUCCGAGAACAAGUUGUCAAAUGGGCCAAUGGCUACAUGUAUAAAGGAGUUUUCUGUAUUUGGCUUGGACCUUUCAUUCCUUUUUUGUUACUAUACACUCCUGAAUAUACCGAGCUACUUCUGAGCAGUUCUCGUCAGAUAACCAAGUCCUUUGCCUACAGAUUUCUUCAUCCUUGGUUAAAGACAGGAUUGCUUACAAGUGGAACGUCGUUGGGCUACCUGUGCCUUGCUACAGGAACCCCAUUUUACAGAGACAGUCAGAUUUCUAUUGUUCCAGUGCAGUAUAAUGGCGYCCACAAUCCAAAACAAAAGCUAAUAGAGGUCAUUUCUAUUCUACUUGUGAAUAAUAUACAUGUGUUUACAACGUAUUAG